CAGCAUCCCUUCUACAAUGGCCUUCUCAGGAACCUAUGAGCUGGAGUCCCAGGAGAACUUCGAGACUUUCAUGAAGGCCAUCGGCCUUCCAGAUGAGAUCAUCGAGAAAGGAAAAGGUGUGAAGAGUGUGACAAAAAUUGCGCAGACUGGCAAUCACUUUGCGAUCACGGUGACCACAGGACCCAAGGUCCUACAUAAUGAAUUCAAUAUCGGCGAGGAGACUGAAUUAGAAUCAUUGACUGAAGAGAAGAUUAAGACUACCGUUAAUAUAGUCGAUGGCAAGCUUGACGUGAAACUGAAGGGAGUCCACUCUGUUACUGAACUGUCUGGCGAUGUUCUAACCAAUGUCAUGACUCUGAAAGACAUUGUCUACACCAGAAUCAGCAAGAGAGUCUCCUAG